AUGGACGGAGACAUUGCGUCGCAGAAUGCAGAUGCUGCCAAUACGGAGAUGAUCCGUCUCUGGCGCACCUGGAAGACAGUGCUGGAGCUGCUGGUCGACCGGGGCUACGAAAUCACAGAAGGUGAACUGAAGAUCACACUGGACCAGUUCAAAGACAAAUUCUCCGACCCACUGGGAUAUCCUGAUCGCAACAAGAUGAAAACCUCCGCGCGGCCCACGGAGCUCAUGAAACAGAAAUACACCCCUCUCCCCAGCAAAUCCAACCCCGACCCACAGCCCGACUGCGGCCUGAUCUACGUAGACUUCUGUCCCGACUCGACGGCCGUGGGCACGAAGCAAGUGCGGGCCUUCAACCACUUCAUCGACGAGAACAACUACCACACCGGCAUCUUCAUCACGCAAACGCCCAUCUCGCCCUCGGCUGUGCGUUUACUGUCUGGCAUCCCCGGCCGCAUCUGCGAGCACUUCCAGGAGCAGGAUCUGCUGGUCAACAUCACCCGCCACGAACUGGUGCCGAAGCAUGUGCUUCUCAGUCCCGAGGAGAAGGCCCGUCUGCUGGAGCGCUACCGCCUGAAGGAGUCGCAGUUGCCGCGUAUACAGGUGUCGGAUCCUGUGGCACGGUAUCUGGGUCUACGGAGGGGGCAGGUGGUGAAGAUUAUUCGGAAGAGUGAGACGGCUGGGCGGUAUGCCAGUUAUCGCUGGGUGAUUUAG